UAUCUUUUCUCCGCAUUUGUAUAUCAGGAGGUGUGACCAUGAGGGUCAUUCACACUUAUUCACACUUCAUGCCCGAUAUGCAUCGGUGUCGCUCAGACAUCAGUAGAAUCAAUAGGGGUUUAGGGGGGCAGACUUGCAAGGGGCGGGAUAUGACGUAGGGUGGAGGUUCCCGAGAGGCGGGAUAAGGACGGCCAAUGUCACUCUAGUCAGAAUGGGCAAAACUCAUUGCGAUGCAUCAUAUAUUCUGUUACAUCAACAACAUCCACAUCGAUCGAUGAAAGAUUUGAGCAUGAGUUAGAGACAACAAAAAGAAGAAACAACAAAGAAUUGCCUCGCGAACGACUGCGUUACCAGAGAAAGAGUGUAUUUUUUGCUUCAUUUCACAUAUAACAAACACUGGGGCAAAUGUAGUUGACUUCUGUGUUUAACUGAGAAACAGGGAUUGGAAGGCCGGGACCCUAUAAUGUUCAGCUAACUGUUGUACAUACUAAUAAUAAUAAAAAAAAUCUAUAUACGCGUGCAGCUGUGAACUCAUGUAUUGUAAUUUAUUGUAGGAUGUGUACUUUUAAGGUUACGAUAAGACCUAUCAUUAAGCGAUCACCACGAAUGACUAUGAAAAGCAGUGCCAAGAUAUAAAUAUUUUUUAACCAUUCAGCGAACAAAAGGCAACAGGCUGAUUAUCUUUUAGGGUGCCACACAAUAACAUGCAAAUGCAGACCGAAACGUCAUCAACAAGCCGACUCAAAUGGUGUGAAAUGCCGACUUUCUACUCCUCAUUCACAUAUAAGGGAAUUAACAUUACUGUCGGCUAAAAUACUUCCUCAGGGGUAUUAUUUCUUUAGGAUGUUUCAGGAUACCAAUGUCAGGAUAUGUCUUUCACAUAUACGCCCCGUCGGGAGAAUAGCGGGAGAAGAGCAGGACUUACAUGUAUGUGUGAAAGCAGUGAAAGUGUUUUUUUCUUGUUUAGCGCUUUGUAUGUCAGUUUGCCGCACAAAGCGCUACAUGCAUAAAGUUUGAUUGAUUGAUGAACAGCUCUUUCAUCAUUUGUAGAAACGGAUGGUUUUCAAGGAAUUUGGAAAUCUGUCUCAUGUACACAGGCCACAUGUCUAUCAUCCACCUGCCACCACCUGUGCGUCAUUAUUGGCCAGCAGCUUGCUAACUCCCGCCCCCAACUACUGUUGUUGUUCUUGUUCUUCUCUUGUGUUUCCAGAUAAGAACUUUGAGGAUGAGGACUCGGUUGACGGGGGUCGCUCCACCUCGUCCUCCUCAUCCAAGCCCUCGAGUGCCCGGAGGACCGUGGUCAGCGUGGUCAGGAGACCCAGUGCCGCCUCUGCUAGCAAGAUCACAAGUAAAGAGGCAGCUGCAGGAGCUGUAGAUGAAGAAGACUUUGUCAAAGCCUUUGAGGAUGCUCCCUCUGUCCAGUUCUACUCCAACAGAGAGAUGGAGGAUCAAAUGUCAAAGAUCAGAGAAGUUUUGUCUGAUGAAAAGCACGACUGGGAGCAUAGGGUGGUUGCGGUUAAGAAGGUGCGCUCCCUCAUGAUGGGCGGGGCGGCGGAGUACGAGGGCUUCCCCCAGCAGCUGCGUCUCAUGGAAGCCCCUCUGAAGCUGUCUGCCAAAGACCUGCGCUCCCAGGUGGUCCGAGAGGCCUGUAUCACUCUGGGGUACCUGUCAACGUUGCUAGGCAACAAGUUUGACCACUGUGCGGAGAGCAUCAUGCCCACACUACUCAACCUGGUGCCCAACAGCGCCAAGAUCAUGGCCACGUCCGGGGUGGCCGCCAUUCGCAUCAUCCUCAGGCACACACACUACGCACGGCUCAUCCUCAUCAUCACCAGUAACUGCACAUCCAAAUCUGUGGCUGUCCGAAGACGCUGUUAUGAGUUCCUGGAGCUCAUGUUGCUGGAGUGGCCCACCAACACAAUGGAGAGACACGUGGCCGUCCUGACCGAGACCAUCCGGAAAGGCAUCCACGAUGCAGACUCUGAAGCUCGCUACAUCGCCAGGAGAUGCUAUUGGGGCUUCCAUGGCCACUACAGCCGGGAGGCGGAGCAUUUGUUCCAGGCACUGGAAUCGUCCUAUCAGAAGGCUCUCCAGUCCCACCUGAAAGGCUCCGACAGCAUUGUUUCCCUCCCCCAGUCAGACCGCUCCUCGUCCUCCUCGCAGGAGAGCCUGAAUCGCCCUCUCUCUGUGAAGAGUGUCAUCGGAGGAAGCAUGACAAGGAGUAAGCUGGUGAGCACCAGAGCACCGAGCACGCCCAGCUCGCUGCAGCGUUCCCGUAGCGACGUUGAUGUCAACGCAGCCUCCACUGCCAAGUCCCGCCUCUCCACCACCCCUUCCUCCUCCUCCCCUUUCAACUCGGCAGCAGCCCUGCCCCCUGGCUCCUACGCAUCGCUAGGUCGUGUGCGGACCAGGAGGCAGAGCUCAGGCAGUACCGGAGGCUCCAGCAGCACGGUGCUGGUGGACAGCAGGGGGCGCAGUCGGGCCAAAGUGGUCUCCCAGUCCCAGCGAUCCAGAUCAGCCAAUCCCAUCAGUGCGGGCAGUCGCUCCAGCUCCCCGGGGAAGCUGCUGGGCCACAGCAGCUAUGGGCGGCCGCCCCGGACCAGCGUCUCCAGCGCUGCAACACCAACCGGCCAGCGCAGCCGCAUCCCCCGCAGCCACGGCUGCAGUCGCGAGCCCAGCCCCAACCGCAUGGGCCUCGCCCGGAGCCGCAUCCCCCGUCCCAGCAUGUCACAGGGCUGCAGCCGCGACACCAGUCGUGAGAGUAGCCGAGACACCAGCCCUGCACGGGGCUUCACGUCUCUGGAUCGCUAUGGCCUGCUCCACCAGGCUAGAAUCUCUGCGUCGGUCAACGCCAUGAGGGUCCUGAACACCGGCACCGAGGUGGAGGCGGCCGUGGCAGACGCUCUGCUAUUAGGAGACUCCAGGAACAAGCGGAAGCCAAUGAGACGGCGGUACGAGUCGCCGGGUAUGUACUCGGACGACGACGCCAACAGCGACGCGUCCAGCGCCUGCUCGGAGCGCUCGUAUGGCUCCCGCAACGGCAGCAUUCCCCACUACCUGCGUCAGACGGAGGACGUGGCGGAGGUCCUCAACCACUGCGCCAGCUCCAACUGGUCCGAGAGGAAGGAGGGCCUGCUGGGCCUGCAGAACCUGCUCAAGAGCCAGAGAAUACUGAGCCGCGUAGAACUGAAGAGGCUUUGUGAAAUCUUCACCAGGAUGUUUGCCGAUCCCCAUAGCAAGGUUUUCAGCAUGUUUCUGGAGACGCUCGUGGACUUUGUGACGGUGCACCGGGAUGACCUGCAGGACUGGCUCUUUGUCCUGCUUACCCAGCUGCUGAAGAAGAUGGGUGCGGACCUGCUGGGCUCUGUGCAGGCCAAAGUCCAGAAGGCCCUGGACAUCACACGGGAUUCUUUCCCCUUCGAUCAACAGUUCAACAUCCUGAUGAGGUUCAUCGUGGACCAAACUCAGACUCCUAACCUCAAGGUCAAGGUGGCCAUCCUCAAGUACAUUGAGUCCCUGGCACGGCACAUGGAUCCUGGGGACUUCGUCAACUCGAGCGAGACGCGCCUGGCCGUGUCCCGUAUCAUCACCUGGACCACCGAACCCAAGAGCUCCGACGUCCGCAAGGCCGCCCAGGUGGUGCUGAUCUCCCUGUUCGAGCUCAACACCCCAGAGUUCACCAUGCUGCUAGGAGCGCUACCCAAAACCUUCCAGGAUGGAGCCACCAAGCUGCUGCACAACCACCUCAAGAACUCCAGCAACACCAGCAGCAGUGUGGGCUCUCCAAGCAACACCAUUGGCCGGCAGCCGCAACGCCAAACCCCCAGCAGAACGAGCCCCCUUACUUCUCCUACCAACUGUUCCCAUGGCGGCCUGUCACCAAGCAUGACAGAGUACGACACAGAGAACAUGAACUCUGAGGAGAUCUACAGCUCGCUGCGCGGCGUUACUGAAGCCAUUCAGAGCUUCAGCUAUCGCAGCCAGGAGGACCUGAAUGAAUCCACCCGCCGAGAAGGCAAGAGGGACGACACGGCCGGAAGGGAAGGGCUGGCGUCUGUCCCGGGGUCAGACGCCCAUCUGGACGCGGUGGACGGAGGAGGGGGUCGCACAGCGCUGGACAACAAGACGUCGCUGCUCAACACCCCGUCGCCACGCUCCUUCUCGGGGCCACGCGGCCGAGAGUUCUCCCCGUACGGCUACGGCGAGACCAUCAGCACCUACGACAAGAGCGCCCUGAAGGAGGCAGUGUUCGACGACGAUGUGGAGACCUUCAAGGACUCUGGGCCGGACCACUCUGAGCUGGUGGCAGACCUGCUCAAGGAGCUGUCCAAUCACAACGAGCGGACAGAGGAGCGCAAAGGGGCGCUGGUGGACCUGCUGAAGCUGACCCGGGAGGACAGUCUGGCCCUAUGGAACGAGCAUUUCAAGACCAUCCUGCUGCUGCUGCUGGAGACCCUGGGGGACAGAGACCACACCAUCAGGGCACUGGCCCUUCGUGUCCUGAAGGAGAUCCUGAGGAACCAGCCGGCACGCUUCAAGAACUACGCUGAGCUCACCAUCAUGAAGACCCUGGAGGCACACAAGGACUCGCACAAGGAGGUGGUGAGGGCGGCCGAGGAGGCGUCUGCCACCCUGGCCGGCUCAAUCCACCCAGAGCAGUGCAUCAAGGUGCUGUGUCCCAUCGUACAGACGGCCGACUACCCCAUCAACCUGGCUGCCAUCAAGAUGCAGACCAAGGUGAUUGAACGCAUCACCAAGGACUCCCUGAUCCAGCUCCUGGUGGACAUCAUCCCCGGCCUGCUGCAGGGUUAUGACAACACAGAGAGCAGCGUGCGCAAGGCCAGCGUGUUCUGUCUGGUCGCCAUCUACUCUGUGAUAGGAGAAGAUCUGAAGCCACACCUGGCACAGCUCACAGGCAGCAAGAUGAAGCUGCUGAACCUGUACAUCAAGCGAGCCCAGACCACCAACAGCAACAGCAGCAGCUCCUCUGACGUCUCCUCUCACAGCUAAUGUACCACCCACCCCCGGCCCGUCCUGUUCCUCGCACAGCAACGACGACCCCCCUCCACAAUUUCAUUUUUUGCAUUUGCAGACCUGCCUGUCACUUCAGGGCUGGUUCAAACUUGUUUUGCGAGGGAAGGCUUUAAAAUCUCUUUUUGGAAGUCCAAUGGAAAACCAAAUACUAAACAUUUGAAAGGUAAUUUAAAAAUAUAUAAAUAUCGUUGUAAGGGACAUUAUGUAAAAAGUAAAUGAUAGUUUUGUUUGUUUUAAUUAUUUAUGUUUUUCAUCAUUAAUAAGGCUUUUGAGAAGCACUGCUUCAAUUGUUUAAUUCUAUGUUAUAAAUUAUAAAAGUUCAACCCCUUUAUAGCUAAAUAAUUAAAAAAAAAUGCAACCUAUUCCUGUUUUUCCCUUCCCUCUAACUGCAGUAAAAUGUACAAUCUAAAAAGUAAUAGUUUCAAUCUAAUCUUAGUCUUCUAACAGAGGUGUUUCAAAAGACAAUCCUCGGCAAAGGAUUCUGACCUUUUAAGUCAAAAUCUGAUAAAGGAAACCCCCCCCCCCAACAACAGGACAACCAAAGUGUUGGUCCUCAGUCAAGACAGUGAGUGACCCUUGAUCGAGGUGUCAUUUCAACCUACAGUAACUAACACUCAACCUGGUGUUGUGUUGCAAACAAAUGGCGUCUGUCCGGAUCAUUUGUGGUGAGGAUGAUGAUGCUGCUAAGUCAAAGAACAAUGGCUGAACCCCCUCAGUCCGAGGAAGAAAAAGGUAUUUUCCUUUGUGAAUACUUUGAAUGUUUUUUUUCCGCCAAUGCCUGUCUACGGGUGAGUGGCCAUAACUAGACAUGUCAAAAGCCUUAUACAUUACACACACACACACACACACACAAGUCUUGGCUGGAACACGUAUAUCGCUCUUUCAAAUAGGGGAAUUAAAGACUUGGUGUUACUGAUUCUUUAACUAAAACACAGUAUUAGUUCAAAGUAUAAGGUUUCUGUGCUGUACUGUGUUUUGGAGGCAUAGCUGAGGGGCUUCUCUACCCCCAAAACACAGCAAGUCAACAGAUAUUUUUGUACAUACACUUUUUUUAACACCGCUUCGCAAAAGCCUUCCUUUAUGUACUAAGAAGACAAAAAAAGUCUGGCUACUUAGACAUUUCUUUUGCACACUCACUGGCUUGCAUGGUAUUAGGCCACACAGCCUUUUAAAACCUGCUGUGACGAUUGGCCCAUGGGGACUCUACUGUAGAAGUGCAUCUGUGACAACAUCCAUUUAGUCAUCCCUGGUUCUCUUUCAGUAGGGAAGGGAUCAGGUUGCUCAUAGAUGUAAUAAGUAAUUUAAUAAACUACGCUUCCUAUGUCCCCGCUUUGUGCUAUGGGCCGUCACAAUGCAAACGUGCACUAUCAGGGCUGGGUAUUGGAAAAUGAAUAACUAAGGGUACGUGUUUGAGUGUUAUUAAAACAUAACUUAGGGUUCCAUACAAUUUCCAUUUUCUUCAGGUCAUUCUGUAUUUUCUGUGUCUAAGACCUCUUCUCAAAUCCAUCCCAAUGCAUCCCCCUCCCCUUUAAGUGAGGUGAGGUAUGUAAUGAUGAAAUGUACCACACACUAAACUCUUUUAUUCCUUGAGCUAGCUAAUGUCCAUGACAAUCUGCUCCAGAAAAAAAUACUGCUUUGUUGAAAAACCCUUUCUAAAGGGGGCUUUGAAAUGUUUUGCCGGAUAAUUUAAGGUGAGAGUAAGUAGGAAUUAGUAGGAGUAAUCCUCAGGUUUUUAUUUAUUUAUAUUUAGCAUUCCUUUAAUUUAUCUUUUUUAUUUUAUUUUAGAGCCUGGAGGCUUGUACUGAAAUACAUGUAUUAAUACAGAGGCCCCAACCUAAUUCGCUAGCUGGUCAGGUUAAACAGGAGGAAGAUGUUGUUUUUUUUGCCAAGUUGGUAUUUAUUUUGAAGCAUCAGUGAUUGAUACGGUUGUUGAAAGACUGUCGGAAAUACCUAGUCCUGAACAGGGAACAGGUUUUAUCUGCCGUUUUCUCUUUUGUAGAUUGAUUGCUACCUUUUAUGUCUCUCUAUGUUCCCCCUGCUGGCAACGACUGUUGUUUCACUUCAGGGUGGGGUCACCCAACAGAACCCACAGUGAUCAAUCAGAGCACCUCUCAGAUCAGCUGUUUAUACAUCCCUGUAAUAUAAACCAAAAUAUGGUAUUCCUUGCAAGCUGGUCACUGCAUGUUAUGAGUUGUCCUUUAAUGUACAAUUUAUAUCUUUAUUUAUACAUUUGUUUAAUUUCUAUUGUAUUUUAUUUUAUUGUUGGUCAUUAUUUUUCAUGACCAGCUGUACAGAAGCAUUUGAUUAACAUCCACCUGUGAUAGAUUUGCAACAAUGUACAAAACUAUGUUUGCUCUAGAAUUAAACUGACCGAAGAAAUUAAACUGUUGUUGCCUCAUAUAGGCUAUUUGCCACCCAAAAACAAGAAAUGUUUAAAUCUGUCAAUUUCAAUUCAAACGUGUUACAUCGGGAAGCAAAUCAAUAGCUGCUCAUUAUUGAUUAAGGCCUCCAAUUUCGACAGGUAAUUACUACCAUUAAACAUGUUCGAAUAUGCUCAUGUGUGGCACCGUUGCAACCGCCUGGAAGCGUAGAUGUUGAAGGACACCUUGUUCGCUCUCUUACGCCACCGGGAAGAUAUUUAAAUGCUUCUGAUUGACUAAUGAAUUGAUUCAGCUAUUCCCCCAGAAGUCUGGGGUCAAAAGGUCAAAAGGAGCCGGCACCAAGCCGCUUAUGAGACAAAAGUUAAUGUGUAUUUCUCUCAUUCAUUUUUGUCAUUAUUAAAGAGAGGCCUGAUUCUCAGAUAUGCAGGUUGGAUGGCUACGGUGUAGGUCUGGGAAUAACUUCAGGCCAAAAUCUUGCAAGCGAGCCGCUGGGUGCAGGUGCAACGAGAUGGAGCACUUGCUGAGUCAUUUCCUGUAGGGCUGGAGCCACAGGUUGAAGCGUAUGCGUCCUUUGAGACACCCUUUGAUAUAUAAGAGACCUCAAAGUAAAGCUUACUUAAAUGUUGUCGACCCAGUCACCUAUUGCAUCACUUCCUUUAGGGCUUCGGCCUCCUAAUUGAUCAUUGUAGUAUAAUUGAAUGCCCUCUUUCAUAUAUAUGAUACCUCCACCACUGGGACGUGGCAACAAUUCUCCAAAUCCAUAUGGGGAGGGGGGGGUGAUGCUUGUGGACAGUAGGGUUGUACACUAGACAUAAAUAGGAAGAAAACUCAGAAUGAAUGACCUCUCAUAAAUAUUUAUUUAAUAAAUUGUUUCAAAUAACCCUGCCUCGUUAAAUCAAUGAGCUUGGUGUUUUGCUUUCAAAAAUAGGUUAUAGAAGAAGUCUAAACUGCAGAAAAUAAAAACAUCCAAGCUGCCUUUUAAGGAUACCUUGGAAUAUCUGUCUAUUUUUUAACCAUCGGACCCUAGUUUACGACAAAAACAACACAAUUUACGGCAGCUCAUUUGCCGCGUGGUUUUUAGAGCCUUGUAAGGAUUAGAGAGGCUGGUCGAUAACAACCACCAUAGCAACCAUGACGGUCAAGUGACUGGAUGCAGCCCCGUUGAAAAAAAUUUAAUACCACCCUCAGGAGAUUAAUGAUAUUUAAAUGAUUAUGACCAUGAAGUCUUUAUUUGCAUGGGUUUACAUUUCGUUCUGUGUAGCAUGGAAAC